CAAAUUGCUCAUCAUCUUGGUCACAGUCUUGGUAUGUCUCAUGAUAAUCAAACAGAAAAUGGUUGUCCUGGUAUUUACCGUACUAAGAGUGGAUAUGUCGAGACGACGAUUAUGUAUCCUGGAAUGCAUUAUGUAACCAAGAGAUGGUCAAAGUGUUCGAAAUAUUACAUCAAACAAUAUAUUGAAUCUGGUUUUGGAAAAUGCCUUCAUGAUGCUCCUGGUGAUCAUCUUGUUUCAUCAUCGGAUAUGUUGCCUGGAGUCGUGUACAACGGAGAUGAUCAAUGUCGUCUUCUUUAUCACUCGGAUGCACAUCAAUGUAGAGAUGUUAUUUGGUGUUAUGAAGGCGAGUGUCUAACCAUAGGUGAAAGACUAUCAACAUCAGUAAGUUUUGGACCGUGGUCUGAGUGGACACCAUGUUCCCGCACUUGUGGUUCUGGUGUGGCAUCGUCAACCCGAAAAUGCAAUCAUGCUACCUCAAAGAGUAGUGAGUACUGUCGUGGAAAUUCUGUACGACACAAAAUUUGCGCCACAGAGCCUUGCGAAAUCGGAUCACCCUCAUUUCGUGAUGUACAGUGUUCUGAGUUCAAUGACUGGAUAUUUCCGGAGGAUGGAAAAGUUCAUCAGUGGGUUGGGUACAACUUGCCAGAAAACUUGAGAACAUCAGAGAAUCCAUGCGUGCUGUAUUGCUUGAAUGAAGAAAAUCUAUUGACAUCGUUAAAGCCAAAGGUGAUUGAUGGCACAACUUGUUAUCGUGGUAUUCGAGAUAUUUGUGUGAAUGGUGAUUGUCGUGAAAUUCCUUGUGAUCUUAAUUUAGAAUCUGAUGCUGUUGAAGAUCGUUGUGGAGUGUGUCGAGGUGACAGUACAUCUUGUGAUAUAAAAGAAGGAAUUAUUAAUGUUCAUACUCAAUCACAUUCUAAAAAAAUUAUUGAAGCUCCUGUUGGAUCAACAAAUAUUCGUAUUGAAGAAUUAUCACCAACAAAAUCACGAAUUAUUGUUAAAAGUAAAAAUUCCAAGACUCAAUUUAUUGAUGGAUCUCAUUUAGGAAUGUUUGAUGUUCCUGGCUCCAAGGCAUGGCUGGGAAUGAUAAGAGCCAGCCAAGAGUCAUUGAAUAUCCCAGGACCAAUCACUGAAAGCUUAACCAUCUUGGUCUUACCGAGAGAAAAUGUGACUUUGAAAUAUUCAAUGGGAGUAAAGCCAGAUGUUCAUAGAAAGCCUGAAUUUACUUGGGAUUUUAUUGAAUGGUCUCGUUGUAAUUCACCUUGUGGACCUGGUGAAAAAACUGCCUAUCCAAAAUGUAUUGAAAAAAUUGGUGGUCUUGUUGAUGAUCGUCAUUGCUAUAAAUUAAAAAAACCAGAUCCAAAAAUACAAAUGUGUAAUCAAGCUGAUUGUAUACCAAGAUGGAUGAUAGGUGAAUGGCAAGGCUGUACACCCUGUACGAAAAAUUGUAUGAAGUAUCGUUCAGUGACGUGUAUUCGUCCAGUUGGCCAUGGUGAACAGGAAGCGGAUGUAAUUGCUGAUGACUACUGUCAAGGACCCAAGCCAAAAGAAUCUGAGAUUGGCAUUUGUCGGAGGCGAAGAGCACAUAAAAAUUUAAAAUCAAUGAAAUUCAAUAAAAAUAAAAUUUUACAUCAUCCAAGGUUAUAUCGAAAAAGUCAAAAUUUCAAUUUAAAUAAAAAAUUUAAAAAAAAAGUUAAAAAAUAUAAUAAUGAAAUAUUUGAUAAUCAAGAUAAACCAAAAAAUAUGAAUAAAAAAAUUGAAAAAAAUCGUAUUAUGAUUGAUAAAGAAGAUAUGAAAAAUUUUAGUUUAACUAUUAUGAUUGAUCAUGAUGAGAACAAUAAUAUUAUUAAUUUUCCAAAUGAUUUUUCACCUCAACCAGAUGAUAAUUCAACGGAAUUAAUUUUAUACGGAAUGGAUGCUAUAAAAUAUAUUGAAAAAAUUCAAAAAGAUACAUCAGCCGAGACAUCAGUAGAAAAUACUUGAAUAUUUUUCUUUUUUGUUCAAUAACAAUGUAAAUAUAUAUUUACCAAACAUUAAUAAUAAAAAAACAUUA